GGAGCUUCUGCGGCACGACCAGCGUCACACCUUCUCAGCUUUGCCCAGGGAUUUCCCCUUUGCGUGUGUGAGCACCUGUCAAACCCGUUUCUUUUCCAGCAGCAACAACCCGUCGGGCAACGUUUCCCCAGAUUGGACCUACCUGCCCCAAGGAGAAACCUCGGCGACAGAAAAAUCGAAUGCGCAUCAAAUGUUGGCUGUGCAUCCCCAGGCCGACAUCAUCCAGCCGAUCGCAUCUGCCUGAACAGGCGCAACCCCCCACCUCGCUCCCGUUCUCGUGGCUUGACGACCGCUUCAGCCGCUCGCACCCUCUGUUGGCCACCGCUCAGCGCCAAGUCCGCCCGCGACGAGACCUGAGGACGUCCAGACGUCAAGACAACAAAUAUGGUCGGGACGGCUGGGGCGAUUAUUAUCACCAUCGUGGUGCUCGCUGUCGUCGGUGCUGCCGGAUGGGUCUUCUACAGCAGACUACAAGCUAAGAAGCUUGGGCUUCCUCCUCCAUCCUUCACCUCCUUUAUACCUUUUGUCCACAAAUCCGACCCGUCCCCUUACGGACCCCCGGCUCCGGCGCCAGGGGGCGUCUCCGGGUGGUUCAAUGACCAGAUCCGCAAAUUCAAAAAUCGCAACAACCGCAGUGCCGCCGGCGCAUACGAAGGCACCGGCUCGGCCCCGACGCGUCGCGGCUUCGGGCCCCUCGAUCCGGACGAGGCCUGGGACUCGCGCGUCGGCAACGAGGCGGACCACUAUGGGCCCGGGGGCUAUUACGAGGAGCAAGAACUGGGGCUGCACCAGCCCGCCCGGCCGUCACAUCAGGGCGAGAACACCGCCUACCGGGGUGCCGGCGAGCCUGAGAGCUACUCGAUGAACCUGGCUGCUACGCCGCAGCAUCCACCGCGGGGUUUCGGCGAAGACCGGGGCAGGACGCUCAGCAGGGAUGGGCGGAACCCGUUUGACGACGACGCCGCUGAGCCGUCUAACAUCAGCUUGAGAGGAGUGUCGCCAAGGCCCAUGGACGGCGAACGUCGCGAGGACAACGCCAGUGAGAGGAGGAGUAUAUUCCGGGAGGACGUUUAAUAGUAUGCGUCACCCAGAACUGAUCACGGUCUGGAAGGCAGUGAUGAAGAUGGCACACAGACAAUACAUUUCAGGCUUCAAAGUUGAAAUCAGCCUUUGGGUGGGGCAGGGGAGGGUACGUGACCCGAAGAGGCAUCUGAUCGGCCCCGCAAGGCCGGUAGGUAUACUGGGGAGGGAAGGCUACGUGGACCUGUGACAAGUAUACGAUCAUGGUUGGGAUGCGUUGGGCAUAUGGGUGACUGGAUCCGGAGGCGUGGGUCUUCUCUGUUUGUUUAUGACUGACUGAUUUGUCUACGCAAAAGUUGGCGUGCUCGAGGGUUGUUCGAUAGUCCUGGUUCCAAGACCAUUCUUUUUGAUUCCCGAGGUAGUCGUCGCUCCUGAGGCAUACUUUUAAGACACAGGGCGCAUAUCCAUAUCUCACGCACA